CGCGGUAAGCAGUCCAUCGGCGGUGACGGUGACGAACAGGCCGAUCGCACGUCGCUCCACGCCACCGUCUUUCUUCCGUCGUGACGAUCGGUUUCCGUUCGUGUAUCGCAGUCCGUACAGACAGUGUCGUACGUUGUCGAAAGUCGCGAAUUUUUAUUUUUAUCAUUUUUCUCCGAUUAAUUCCAUACAUCGUCGACUAGUCGAUCGUGGAAAGAUUGAAAAAAAAAACGUAUAGGAAAACGGAAAAGAAACAGUGUGUUCGAUCUUGAACUGUCUCGAGCUAUUCAGUAAGAGGCAAACUUGCUUGUCAAAAAUACCAGCAAAUUAAACGUCACAUACAGUCGGAAAUAUGAUAUUUUAUCAAAUGCAUGGUAUCGUCGUUCGGUGAAUUUUACGUUCAGUUUCAUAGACAUUGUUUCGCAUUACGUGGACUAGCAACUUGCUAAUCUGUCGAGGACAGUCGAAGGUUUUCCUCGUUCUACGGAUGUCCUGUCGGUUACUGUGACGGAUGACUCGUGAAAGGAACUAAUGCGGCCUCGGAGGUGGUCAGAAUCGAAUGAACAGCAGGAAACCAGACGAAAUUCCUUUCAAAAUGGAUAACUUGGCCACAUGGUUAUUGCGCGCUUCGGAGAAUAACACGGAAAGUGCGAUAAUUGACGGCGAAGUAUCGAGAUUCCCUAAACCGCUGCAGACGUUCGCAGCUGUGGUCGCGAUACUGAUUAUGAUCACUGGACUCGCUGGAAAUUUAUUGACGAUCAUUGCCCUGUGCAAGUAUCCCAAAGUUCGCAACGUAGCUGCAGCCUUCAUUAUAAGCCUCUGCGUGGCAGACUUCGUAUUCUGCCUUCUUGUACUUCCGUUCGAUUCCAUCAGAUUCAUCGAUGCAAGUUGGGUAAAUAUACGGUUUCUCUGCGUUCUCGUGCCUUUCUUGAGGUAUGGAAACGUUGGCGUGAGUCUCCUCUCCGUUGCAGCUAUUACUAUCAACAGAUACAUCAUGAUAGCCCACCACGGAUUGUACAGCAAAGUUUACAAGAAAUAUUGGAUCGCUUUUAUGAUCGUAUUCUGUUGGUUGUUCUCCUAUGGGAUGCAGGUGCCCACUCUCUUAGGAAUUUGGGGUAGAAUCGACUACGAUCCGAAUUUAGAAACUUGCUCCAUCGUAAAGGACAGCAAAGGCUACUCAUCGAAAACCUUUCUUUUCGUGGUGGGUUUCGUGAUACCCUGCGUAAUAAUCGUUGGAUGUUACACUAAGAUAUUCUGGGUCGUACACAGAUCCGAAACAAGAAUGCGAAAGCACGCGUCUCCGACGAUAAAAUCGCCGCAUACACCCGGCAGGGAUACCAGAGAGAUCAAACAGAGGCGUAGCGAAUGGCGAAUCACAAAAAUGGUACUAGCCAUUUUCCUCAGUUUCGUCGCCUGUUACCUUCCAAUUACCAUCGUUAAAGUCUCCGACGCCGAAGUUAGAUAUCCAGAAUUUCACAUUUUGGGCUACCUGCUCCUCUACUUUGCCUCCUGCGUGAACCCGAUCAUUUACGUGAUCAUGAACAAACAAUACAGACAAGCGUACGCUGGCGUGAUAGGAUGUUCGCGGAUAAGGGCGAGUCUGUCACCCUAUGGGAGCAGCGCACCUGGUCAUCAUCAACAGCAGGACUACGGCCAAGAUUAUUCGAAGGACUUCAGUAAGACGAUGGUGUCGACGGUCUCCAUUGCUAUGAAUCCAGUGAGAAACUCGCGUUUCGAGGAAUAAGCUUGAUUCUGCGAUCGAACUGGCCAGAGAAGGCGAAACGUAUAAAGAAUAUUAAUCGACCCUUGAGGACAAAAUGUCAGUAUUCCGAGUGUUUUGUAAUAGGAAUUUUUAUUAUCCAUUUCGAUGGCAGAUGGAAAAGCAUAGAAACGAUAGAGAAGAUUCAUGGAAACACAUACAGUAGGAACUCGAUUAACUUGCUGAUCAAAAACAACGAGGAAGUAUACUCAGUGCGUAACAUAAGUCUGAAUUUAAAAAACAAAGAUAAAUAUUUCGAGCAGAUCUUAUAGAGACUAGUCGAAUGAUCGAAUGGUAGCUCGUUUUUAUCGAAGAACAAAGCUACGAGUCGAAAGCAAAGUCGAACAUUGCACACGUUUGUACGAUAUUGUAAUUGCGAUCUUUGUCCAUGACUAAAAUGAAUUUCGCGUCUGAAAUGCUAUGAAACACUUGUAUCUACUACGAUUAAGUAUAUAAGUAAACUAUAGAGGAAGAAGAAAGAAAGAAAAUGGUCGUUGAGAGAGAAGAGAAUGUAAAUAGAGAUCUGCGAACGGUAUACGUAAUUAUUCAGAGUUCUAAGAGAAUAGAGGAAAACUAAAGACACACAGCAGAGCUGUUGUUAGAUUUAUUUAGAUUAGAUAAUAGCAAAACGUGGCCAAUAUCGUAUAAUAAAUGAUACGUUAUUUGUCGACCGACAAAUUGCAUAUUGUAAAACUUGGCAAAGGAAUACCAAGUAUAUUUAAUUUUGUAGCACACUGAAACGAGUGUUGAAUAUUUACCAAAGGUAACACGUGAAUAUGUUUGUACAUAGAAGUUACGUGUUAAUUCUUGUUACCACAAUGUAAAAAUACGAUAAGAAUGUAAUAGCGAAUUUUAAAGACAUUUCGUAACUCGCGAUGUUACGAAUUCGCUUCAUAUUUAUUUAUAAUAUUUCCCUUGGUUGAUUUACGAACGCAAAUAAUGUUGAAGAGUUAUCAAAGUACAAAUCAAAUAAAUCUAUCGAUUUAAACGA